AGUGGUCCUCGGCUGACUACACAACCAAACUGCGAGAAGAAGAAAAAGACAGAAGCAGGAGCAGUGCAUCUGAGGAUUCCAACGUUCAAGCAACCAUUGCAGAAUAAAAAGCAUCACCAGUCUAACCUCCGGAGGAAAGAAGCUGCUGGAGCCAUGACUGCCUCACGCUCUCUCGCCACUCUCACUUUUGUGCUUCUCGUGGGAAAGAGCAUAGCCUGGUAUUACAACACCUCCACUGAACCCAUGACGUAUGAUGAAGCCAGCGCUUACUGUCAACAGAAGUACACACAUCUGGUGGCUAUCCAGAACAAGGAAGAGAUCAACUACCUGAACUCCACCCUGAGAUAUUCGCCAAAUUAUUAUUGGAUUGGAAUCAGAAAAGUCAAUAACGUAUGGAUCUGGGUGGGGACCCAGAAGCCUCUGACCGAGGAAGCUAAGAACUGGGCUCCAGGUGAGCCAAACAACAAGCAAAGAAACGAGGACUGUGUAGAAAUCUACAUCCAAAGACCCAAAGAUUCGGGCAUGUGGAAUGACGAGAGAUGUGACAAAAAGAAGCUGGCUCUGUGCUAUACAGCUUCCUGUGCCCGUGAAUCCUGCAGUGGUCACGGCGAGUGUGUGGAGACCAUCAACAGUUACACCUGCAAGUGCCACCCGGGCUUCCUUGGACCCAACUGUGAGCAAGUUGCGACCUGCAAACGACAGGACGAUCCUGACCACGGAAGCAUGAACUGCACUCAUCCUUUUGGCCUCUUCAGCUAUAAUUCCUCCUGCUCUUUCAGCUGUAAUAGGGGCUACCUGCCCAGCAGCAUGGAAACGACCACGCGGUGUAUGUCCUCUGGAGAAUGGAGUGUGCCAGCCCCAGCAUGCCAUGUGGUUGAAUGUGAAGCUUUGACAAACCCUGCCAAUGGUUUCAGAAAAUGUUCCUCAAAUCCCGGGAGCUUCCCCUGGAACACGACCUGUACGUUUGACUGUGAGGAAGGGUACAGACGAGUUGGAGCUCAGAAUCUACAAUGUACCUCUUCCGGGAUCUGGGACAAUGAGAAGCCAUCAUGCAAAGCUGUGACCUGUGAUGCCAUCCCUCAGCCUCAGAAUGGCGCCGUGAGCUGCAGCAGCUCAACAGCUGGAGAGCUGGCCUUUAAGUCGUCCUGCAACUUCACUUGCAAGCACAGUUUCACGCUGCAAGGGCCAGCCCAGGUUGAAUGCAACGCACAAGGGCAGUGGAUACCACAGAUUCCAGUGUGCAAAGCUCUCCAGUGCGAAGCCUUAUCCGAGCCACGGUGGGGCCACAUGAAAUGUCUCCCCAGCCCUUCUGAAGCGUUCCGAAGUGGAUCCAGUUGUGAGUUCUCCUGCGAACGAGGAUUUGAAUUGAAGGGAUCAAAAAGGCUUCAGUGUGGCCCAAGAGGGGAGUGGGACAGCAAAAAGCCCACGUGUUCAGCUGUGAGAUGCGAAGCUGUUCCUCAACCUCAGAAUGGCUCCGUGGAGUGUGCCCAUGCGGCAACCGGAAAAUUCACCUACAAGUCCUCGUGUGCCUUUCAGUGCAACGAGGGCUUUGAAUUACAAGGAUCAGCUCAACUGGAGUGCACACCCCAGGGAGAGUGGAGCCAAGGAGUCCCCUCCUGCCGAGCGGUCCAAUGCCCCAGCCUCGACGUUCCGGGAAAGAUAAACGUGAGCUGCAGUGGGGCAGCGGUCUUCGGCACGGCGUGUGAAUUUACGUGUCCUGAUGGAUGGGCACUCAACGGAUCUUCGGUUCUGACAUGCGGUGCCACGGGAAGCUGGUCCGGGGCGAUGCCUACCUGUGAAGCUCCCACCAGCCCCACCCGGCCCUUGGUAGUUGCGCUUUCUGCGGCAGGGACCUCGCUCCUGGCAUCGUCCUCAUUUCUCUACUUGUUGCUGAGAUACUUCCGGAGGAAAGCAAAGAAGUUUGUCCCUGCUAGCAGCUGCCAAAGCCUCCAGUCUUUUGGAAACUAUCAAGCACCUUCUUAUAGCAUCUAAAAUCAAGACAAUCAAUCAGGAGCACAGGUGCAUCCUGGGAAAUAGAAUGCUACGCUAUAGGAGGCAGAAAAUGAACUGUCUGAGGAAUCCUGGAUUCUCUUGGUCUUCUUGGCAACUGGGAGCCUGAUUCCAUGGAUCAACACUCAGUGACAAAGCGCCCAGACCUCCACCAGAAUGACUCAGUUUCUUUUUUUUUCCUAGCCACGGUAUCAAGAAAGUGCUGGCCACAGAAGGUGGAGGGUACGCUCUUCAAAAAGAGAGUGAAUAGGCCAAGGGGCCUGGCACAGCAGAAUCCUUUCCGACUCCCUUGGUCACGCUGGACUUUGGGAAAAGAAACAUCAUUUUGUGGUGUUGUUUCUUUUGUUUGUCCCACACAUGGUGUUUCAACUGCUAAUGCUGUUACUGUUGUCAGCAGUGGAAAAUAAUAUUUAUCAGUAGUUUUGAACAAACAAUUUUCUGGUUCUAUCUGUAAAAAAAAAAAAGAGGCAAAAGUGUUAUAUUCUCAGGUUAUGGCAUGGGAGUGUCAUCAGGGGUACAAGGUGCAAAUCCUGAUGAGUACUACCCAUUGCGACUGGUGGGCAGACUCACCAGCUUUAUCCCCAUGGGAUUCAGUGGUCUCUGAAGUUUUCUUGGACAUUGUAUUUUGUGUCCUUGAAUCCAGCAUGAUGUCUAUCGCUCUUAAUUCAGGUUCAGGGUCAAAAACAAUAAAAAACAAACAAAACCAAACAGAAUCCAGUGACUUAUCAAGGCAAAAGUUAUUCUAAAUCUAUUAUUAUUAUUAUUAUUAUCAAACCCUAAUGUUAUAUCUGCAGUAAACUUACUUUCAAAGUGAGAAAUUAGUGCAGAACCCUGAGUAUUUUAGUGUAGCUGGUUUUAAGACAUGGUACUAUCAAAAGAAUAGAAGUUGAAGAGAGAGUUUGUAUGUUUGGGCGAUUUUUUUUCUUCCUCAAAAAAAUUAUUUUUUUCUGGAAGGAAAAAACUUCCUUGAGGCCAGGUGUUCUGAUUUAAUAAACAAAUAAAUGCUAAAAAGGAAAGGCACAUUUUAAAAAGUAUUUGUGUAAGAGCGUGUCAAAAUGCAAGUGUGCUUUGCAUUCCUAUAAAGGUGGUUUUCCCACAUAACAAACGGAUGCCUGAUUCUUGUAUGUUGGAUAGGAUUCUAAAUCCAUGAUGAGGAUUUACCACCUAAUGGAUCCAGGCAGCAGAGUUUUAAAGAGUAAAGGUGUCAAGCAGCUACUCUGUGGUUGUUCAUAUGUCCUAGAGAAAAAUUGUGAACACUACGAUUAUGUGGUUUUUCCGAGAUUAAAAUUCCUAAGGAAUUUCACCCAUAGCAGGAAAUCGCGAAUGCUUGGUCAGUAAGAGUCAAAGGUGCCCCAACUUCCAAAGUAAGGUAUUAGAGAAAGAUUUUCUUUUGAGAGUUCCUUGCUGAAUAGCGGCACUGGGAGAGUCAACAGUGAACUGGGUAGUAUGAUAAGCAGUAGGAAGAAAGGGAAGGAAGAGAGGAGCAGAAGUGAUAUCAAGAGCGAGCAAUCGAGAGAGUAACUGUUGUUAUAAAUGUAAAUGAUUACGUAUUUUGUAUCAGGAAAUAAUGGUGUGAAAUGUAAAUGUGGUCUGUAUCUGAGGUUUAUAAAGUAUUUUAAAUUAUGAUUUAAAAUAUUUUAUGGUUUACGGGUAUGUGUUUAUUUAAAUACGUCAAACUUACUGUAUUCACAUGUCAGUAUACUGUUUGGCAAUAAAUGUGUUUCUACUUA